AGGCAUUUACAGAUUUUCAGCUUGUGGGGUCAGUCCGUCUUUUUUCGCAUGUUGAUCAGUUUUUUCUCAUGUCUAUCAAUUCCGUGUACAGUUUUUCUAAAGACCUCAGUUGAACAGAAUAAGUCUCCUGCGCGAACGGAACUUUAGAGACACGCAUCAUCACAUUAAUUGUCGCAAGAUCUUGAUCUUCAUUGUAGAAACAAUCACAAGAUCCAUCCGAAUCCUAAUAGACCUUGGAAAUAGAUCUUUGUAUUUAAAAAUAAGUAGACUCUAGAAGUGUAUCUUCUAGAUUGCUCGUCCCACUAACUAAGUAAGUAUAGGUUGCAACGAACACAAUGGCGCAAGAAAGUGACGAUUUGGUUAUGGGUUCGCCUACCGGAUCCGAAACAGCGGAGCCAAGCCAAAAGGCUGUUACCAAAGUCCAGGACCAGGUUCUGCCGAGCACGGUGCAGCGAGGCAGAGAAGUGGAACUCUCUGCCUUCGGGAAGUUGGGGGAAAUCGUAAGCGAGAUCGACUUGCUGCUUCACGUUUGCGCUACUCGGGUGGAAGACCGGGAGGAGCAUGAGCACGUGAGCAGCGUGUCGAUUGUGAGUGCGCACUCCGUUUUUUUGUUCAAAGACCGCAACGUUGGGCAGUUGGUCACAGUGUGGGAAGCUUCUAGAGAACCUUUGAUGCGCGCGUCGUUGGACCAGUGGAGGACAAAGUACUCCUCCCCCAACGCCGCUAAAGCACAUCGUAUCCUCGCAACCUCCUUGGUGUUUCUGCAUGCAGUGGUUUAUGCGAAUUUUGAGGUGCUUAAAGGAGAAGAUUCAAAGCCCCUUAUCGCCGACAACGCCACCUUCGGUUGCAUCAUGAUGGACCCCCUAAACAGUGGUGCCCCUAAAGAAAACAUUUUUGCCAGCUUAUUGCCCUUCCUGGAACAAAAUCUGUUGGCUGCGCACCCAGACCCCAAGAUAACCGACGACGAAGCGGAACCCUAUGUGAACUACAAAGUGACCAGAGUAUGCGACAUUGACGUGGAGAGCAGAGCAGUGGUGGCGUCCUUGGAUUGUCAGAUACCAGGUCGUUUGGAAGGCAAGCAAACGGCGGUCUUAAAACUUAGCGAAGACUUGGAGUCCGUAGUAAGCGUCUCAUGUGUUAAGCAUUGCUGAAUGUUGAGGGGACUUACUACUCAGGCUCAUGUGUGAAGCUUGGUCGAGCAGUGAGGAGCAUGUGCUCUCAAGUAUUGCUACAAAGUCGCGAAAGAGAAAAUAGACUUGUGAAAGACCUGAAUUCUAAGCCCUCCUGAUGAAGAUGAAAGUAAAUUUUUUUUGUGUAGUUUGAAGGCGAUGAUAAUUAAUGACGCAAUAUUGAUUUAAAGAAAGGAGCAAAGACGCGGCUUAAAACGAUAGAAUUGGACUAUUUUUAGUUUUAAGCCGUUCUUCUCGGCUUUAACGAUACAAUUUCAUUCUUUUGCCAGUAUUUGAGUUCUUCUAACGAUUGCUGAUUUUAGAACAACGAGGAACAUGUUGAUUUUAAUGAAAAGGAAGACCUCCCCACGAUUGGAAUUUAAGAAUGGC